ACAAAUUUUAUGCUGAAGAUUUGGUUUUUUUUUGAAAAUAUUCAUCAUUCGAGGCUGAAUCCGAAUAUGUUAUUAAAAAUGUUCCAUGUCUUAACAGUGAUUUUUAAACCUGUUUUAUCAACUUGGGAUCCGGACGGACCCCAGGUGGGCAACAAGUGAUAGUCCUAUAGGUGGGCGGAUGAGGGUUAAUUCAACAAACAUGUAUAUUUUUUCCUAGUCUUAUAUAAAGGUUUAUUAACAAAUGAACCCUUUUGAACGAAAAUCGGCUUUUUUUCGAUAAAAAAGUGUUCUUUUUUUAAAAAACAUCAUAUCCGGAAUCACCUCGUCAAACUGAAUCGAACUAUAUAUAAUACAAUGAUUAUUUGAACAAAACGUUUCCUUUGAUAGUCACUUAACUAUUUUUCGGAAAACUUGAUAUUUUUCUGAAAUAUUUUUCUUUGUACAGGCAUUUUGAAUGUCAGACAGCGAUAAUAAUUCAUGAAAAAUUUGAAAACCCAAGAAUAAAUUACUAUACACAUGCCAAAAUUCUCCUCAUAAUAGUAGGCUAGUUUGGAGCAAAACGUUUUUUCAACAUCGUCCGUAGCACGACAUUUUCAAAAAAAUGUUUAAAGUUCGAAAUCAUAAUAGAAGAUCAUGACCUUCGAUUUUGUGGUGGGUGUGUAUGCUAAAAACUCCCACUGUACUUAAGAGUGUCGGGAAAAAGCAUUUUACCUUCAUUUUGUGAUCCGACAUCUCUCUCUGGUCCUACGUCAGAAAGAAGGAUAAACAUAUAUUUCUGGCAACAUUUCCUUUUGGAUGACAUCAAUUUUGAUGAAGUAUUUGAAGUUUCUCGACUUAUAAAGAUUUAUCUCAUCUGGAAAACACUCAAAUUAAUGUAUAUAAUUAUUAGUGGAAAGGGACGUUGUUCGUAUGAUAAAGCUGUUAACAGUCUAAUAAAAGGGAGUACUAUCCAUGUAACGUAUCAUUUAUUAUAUUUGAUAAUGUUUCUUUAUUGACAUAAUAGGUCACUAGUAAAUAUUUAUACUGUACAAUAUUAAUUGUUCUACGCUUGAAAAAGAAAAAACUAUAACAACUGAAUAUGUGUAGUACAUCUCUUUAUACUUUCUGAUAAGUCUACAGUAAAAAUCUAGAACAAAGAACAAGAAAUACUUUUUACUAUAUACUAUUUAUUAAUAUUAAUAUUUAUAUACUCCGAUUCGUGUUAGGUCAACGUCAUCUUCCUGUUAAAGUACUAAAUCCUACGAACUCUUAUCCUCGUUCAGCACUGGAUAAACUCCGCAACAUGUUGGAUGAUCUUGAAAUCGAAGAUAAUGAACAAAAACGUCAGUUUUUUCCAUUUGGAGGCUAUAAUCCUCAACAACAGCAACAACAACAAAUGCAAUGUACACCAGAAAUAUGGACAUGUGGUUAUGAUCGUCCACAAUGUUGUCCAGGAUUAACCUGUUAUCACGGAAAUGCUAAAAAAGGAUCGAUUUGUGUUGCAAGAGUUGCAACUAUUGAUUUAUCGCCCGAUAAUCGAUCGAUUCAACUAUUGCUAGAUGCGCCUGCAGACGCAUCUAGUUAA